AAAAACUUAUAUCAAUUUUUGUAUAUUUAUUGAUCAGAUGUAAAUUAACUUUGCUAGUUUUGUACUAUAUCAAGAACUUGCAUAACUUCCUUGCUUUAUCAUGGGAAAUAUCGCUUUACAUUUCGGAUUUUAUUUCAUCCUUAUAAAUUCAGCAUUGAGCAGCACGAUAUUAUCCAGUGCAAGGGGAGAGGAAUCUUAUUACAGUACUAUAGUCAUUUUUAAUAUCACAGACCCUAAAACUGGACAUUUUGAAAAGUUGGGAUCUGCUGAUCCACAUGAUGAUAUUGGAAAAUAUGGAUCAGCAUCACCAAAAAAGAAUGUAACAGGAGUAAUUGCACUUCCGUUAAAUCAAUCUGGUCAUAUCUAUGGAUGCACUGAAGCGUAUAAUGAUGUUAAAUUGAAAGUUCCAUGGGUUGCAUUAGUUGAAAGAGGGGAGUGUACAUUUGCAAAAAAGAUUGAAAAGGCUUUCAAUGCUAAUGCAUCAGGAAUAAUCGUGUUUGACACAAAGAACGAUGUUAUUGUAAUGAGCCAUGAAGGUGCUGACCAAAUUGUAUCAGUUACCAUAUCACGAGAUGUGGGAAGAGAAGUUGCUAGAAGAGUUAAUAAUGGACAGAAAGUAACUGUCAAUGUCAUUCCUGGACAGCGAUAUGACAAUGGAUACCCUCUAAGAAACAAAACAUCUAUCAUCUUUGUAUCCUUGUCUUUUCUUAUUUUAAUGAUCAUAUCAUUGACAUGGCUCAUCGUUUAUUAUGUACAGAGAUUUAGGCUCGUCCAGACUCCUGAUAUUUUGAAGCAACGACGAAAUCAAGCAAGAAAAAUUAUUAAUGAACUGCCAAAGAAGAUACUGAAAGAAGGUGAUAAAGAACUUUUGAAUGACGACAUUUGUCCCAUUUGUAUCGAGAGUUAUAAAGUUUGCGAUAUUUUAAGGAUAUUACCAUGCGAUCACAUCUUGCAUCGGAAAUGUGUUGAUCCCUGGUUAAGAAUGAAGGAAACGUGUCCGAUGUGCAAGUUGGAUGUUUUGAAAUGCAGAGGACUGAAGCCUUCUUCUCAUGAUUCACAUCCAAUAUUUGGUCCAACUUCCAGUGCUCCAGUUGUAGAAGUGUGGGAGCCCGAAAGAGAUGAAGCAACCAUUGUUUCAACUUCGACCGAUUCUCUUGUCCACGGAUCCCAUGAAUCUACCGCACUUGUCGUGGUUGAGUCUUCUCGCUCAAUUGAAAGUGAAAACAACAAUAAUAGAUUAGACUCUAAUGCACAUAACACACAUGAUCCUGAUAUUCCAGGACCUUCAACCCAAGCAUGAAUUUGAAUAAUAAUUUUGUGUUGUUUUUUGUUUAACGCAUGUAAAUCAGUUAUUCUCUAAUGCGAGACUGGUAUUCAUAUGCUGUGAAGGGAAUUGUUUGUCAUUAAAGUCCUUUCACUAAUGCCAUAUCGAUUUGUUCUUUUCAUAUCAUGAUUGGGUUUUGGACAAAAUGUUGACUCAAAAAAGUUAAAUGAUCGGUUUGUUUUGUGUGAUAUCUUCAGUAACGUAACUUUCGUUUUAUUUUACUCUCUGAUUUACAAAAAGCACUUAUCUGUUAUUCAUGCUCUAUCCUGUAUCAAGUAGCGAUUUUGUGUCAUUUAUUUUUUUACAUUUGCUUCUUCGGAGUGAAUAUUUAUCUGCACCAGAUUGGUAACCCUAGUAGUGCCAAGGUUUGAUGUUUCUCAAUCAACCAGUUACUACUCGAAUAGAGUAGAAUGUCGUUUGGAGUAAAAGGUGUGAAACGCUUCAUAAAACUAUCUAAAUACCCACUCUCAGUUUCAAAGUUUUUAAAUUUUGUUUUGAUUAAUUGACACCAUACAUAUAUUGUAACAGAAACUGUUGUUAUUAUUUAACUCCACUGAAACAUAAGUCAUCAAAUGAUGGUUUAAUAGGUGGUUUAAUAGGUGAUCAGAUUCUUGAAUCAUUUUCUGGGCAGUUUGCAUGAAAUCAUUAUGGAAUCCAAUUUUCACAAAGGAAUUAUUCUACUAGCCUUGAAUAAUGAAAGCAACUUGCAACUCAUAAAAUCAUGUCAAAAAACCACCAUUUACAAGCAACAAUUUGCUAUUUUCAAGGCCUAGCUUUGUGUUCUAAUUUUAUCUCAUUUUUAAAGUCUUGUUUGAAACACCAGAUUUUAUACAAAAUCCAAAUGGAACCACUCUUUCUCGGUUUUCCAGCGAAUUUUUAUCCUCGUGAUAAAUCGAAUUUUGAGAGCUGAGUAUUUCUUUGUAUCAUAUAUCAACACAAUCUUGUCUAAAUUUCAACUUCCUGAGUGUAAGUAAGCUUGUUUUGAAUGCUUAUUUUGCUUAGACAUGCAAACAUGAUAUGCCACAUUCAUUUGAUUUACUUUUAAGCCCAGUACUGACAGUAUUGCUCUAUUUUUCCGUUUUCUUCUAUCUGUGUAAAUAGGUUUUCUUUUCUUCUUAACUCUGUAGAAUAGAAAUAUUUUUUUCAAUAAUAUUAGCACAUAUUAUGGGCUCCGACAUCAUUGAGAAAUCUCAUAUACAGAGAUGUAAAUCUUGAAAUUGUAAUAUUCCAAAACUGUAAAGCAACAUUGCCACUUAUGCCAUGUUUAUUCUUCGUCGAAGUGGUCAGACAGACACAAAGUGUAAAAACUGGAUGGAGAACUAGGAUAUUGCAAUAAUUUUUAUGAAAGGCUCCCUUGUUGCUAUCUUCCUGUAAGCAGCACUGAAAAUCUAUUAUGACUGUACUCUCGAAGUUGUGCAACUUUUGGGUACAAGGCUAUUACGACUGGUAGAUCAUGACAAGACUGUUGGUUUAUAAUAUGGGCCCAACAACAUAACAACUUCAUGUUCUCACAAUCCAAUUCAUUUUUAGAAAAUCCAAUUCCACAUUGCGAAAUAUUACUUGGUAUAUAGUCAUUGAGAUUGCAAUUUCCUUGGAUUGAACUGACCCAUUAGCUUAAUCAAGGUUAACUAAAAUUCUACUGUGUUGUUUUAUAUAGAUCUCAUGUUCCCAGUUAAAAUGUAUAAUUUGGAAUUACAUCUUGAAGAAAGAUAUUUCUUGGAUGAAACAUCAUUAUUUCAAGUGAUUCAACCCUUCUGUCAUUCAUUUACUGGGCGAAACCUGGCUUGCAAAGCUCCACAUGCCCUUUCUGCAUUUUAUUUAGUGCCGUUUUGUUUGAUUUUCUUUCGUUUUUGUCUGGUAUUCUAUUUUUCUUUUUGAACUGAUAAUUGUAUUAAUCACAGUUUUCCCUACGGUUAUUACAAAUAUAGAAAACUUUGUUUUA